AACUGACAUUAAGCAUAUAUAUAUAUAUAUGACAUUAAGCGAAAGAGAAACCUAACCAAACUUUUGUUGAUGUUGUGACAUUUAUUUGGAGACGUUCACAAUUUUAUGAAUUACAAAUGAAUCCUUUAACGAAUACAAAAAACAUUACAAAAUUAAGUGAGCAAGAAUUAAAAAACAUAAAUUUUAAAUCUUCAUGGCAUGACCAGUACCGUGACAGUGCUUGGGUGUUUAUAGGAGGACUGCCCUACGAUCUAUCAGAAGGGGACAUUGUUGCCGUUUUCUCACAAUAUGGCGAAAUUGUAAACAUUAAUUUGGUACGUGAUAAGGACACUGGUAAAUCAAAAGGGUUCUGCUUUUUAUGUUACGAAGACCAAAGAUCGACAAUUUUAGCUGUGGAUAACUUCAAUGGCAUAAAAAUUAUCGGUCGUACUAUCCGAGUAGACCAUGUAAGCAACUACAAGGUCCCCAAGGAUGGCAAGAAGACAGAUCCAGAAACAAAACGUUUACAUGAAGAAGGUUGUGCCCCAAAACCCCAACCCAUACCACGUCCAGAAGUCAGGGUACCCAAAGAGCCACCACCUCAAGAUUUGCGUGAGACUUUAGUCGAUCAAAUAGCAAGUGACAUUAAGCUACCGAUGAGAUUACCGAUUUAUACUGUUAAGGACGAAGCUUGUAGCACUAUAGGAGAGACACCAGUUGUGGAGGAAGUAGAAGUUGACGUGAAGAAAGAAAUAAAAGGAAAGGAGAAAAAAGAAACAAACGAAAAAGAAAAAAAGGAUAAGAAAGACAAGAAAAAGAAAAAGCAUAAACGUAAAAAGAGCAUGUCACCUGAACCAGAAGAACAAAGUGAGAAAAAGAAAUUCGAAGACAGAUAUAAAAGUUAUGUACCGGAACGAUGGAACAGAUAAGUGGAUCGUCAACAGUUCAAGAUGCCACAUCAUCUACUAUGUGUAAUUUAACAUUUAAUCACAACACUUUAAAAGACCAUAUAAAGUGAUUGCAAUGAGUUCUUAUAGCUGUAUCUGUAGCUGUAUCAUUAUACGAAAAUUAAAUCACAAUAUUUUAUUUCA